ACAACACGCGCAAGCGUAUAGAAACCAGUUUGAAAAGAAGUUGGGCUACAACAGCGGAACUACCCUCCUCAUAUUAGGAGGACAAACUCACCUGAGGUGUUGUACGCUAAUGCAACAUUGAUAAUGCCAACUGCCGACAAACCUCAAAGAAGAAGACUUUGCUUUACAUAGCCUUUAAAGUUUUCGCUGUAAAACGCGCAUCAUGCCGUUCACUGUAAAGAGCAUCAAAGUCACCUACAACCCUGUUAAUCAGGAAAACAUUUUCACCAAUGGCGACUGCGUUUCGGGUCUAGUCACGAUGGAAGUGGCCAAAGACUUCCAAAUCGACUCCCUGUCAAUUAAAUUCAAGGGGAAAGCCGACGUUUUGUGGACCGAGAGGUACGGUAAAACUACUGUCGUGUACCACUCUAAGGAGAAGUACUUCAGCAUUAAACACGACUUCAUUCGAGACAAAAAUCUCAAAGGAGAUGACAACCAAACCCUACUGACAAACCAGAAUGGAGAAACAUACAGCAGUGUUGUUGCCCCAGGAUGCCAUGUUUACCCAUUCACCUUUCAGAUCCCUUUCCAGAAAAUGCCCUCCUCCUUCACUGGUUCCGAUGGUAAAAUUGUGUACUCACUGGAAGCCAAGCUGGGCAGAUCAAUGAGGAUCAGCAAGAAAGAUUCAACCAAGAUAAACUUUGUGUUGAAGGCAGACCUGAACAGUGACCCUUGGCUAAUGACACCACAGCAUGGGUCUAAGGAUAAGAAAAUGAAAGUUUUCACCUCAGGAACAGUAGCAAUGGAUGUGAAUCUUGAAAAAACAGGCUUUUUCCAAGGAGAGGGAUUAAAGGUUCUGACCUUCAUUCAGAACAACUCGUCUCGUGAGGUCAAGCCAAAAUACUGUGUGUACAGAAAGCACAGCUUCUUGGCAAAAGGGAAGAGAAGAGUCCACACUAAAGACCUCUUAAAAGAAGUGGGAGAGCCCAUCCCUCCUUCUGCUAACGAGAAGGUCUCAAGAGUCAUCACCAUCCCCCAUGAUUUGGAGCCCUCCAUCCUCAACUGCAAUAUCAUCAAAGUAGAGUACAGACUGAGGGUCUACCUCGAUGUCAAAUAUGCUUCAGACCCAGAGAUCAAAUUUCCUAUAGUCAUCCUGCCGGCUUCUCAGGUUGCAGCCAUGGCACCACCACCACCUGCUGCUUCUGGCUUUGGAUUCGAACCAUUUGGGAAUACAGACCCACCAGCAUGGGGCAUUGUACCACCACAACCACCAGCAGCACCCCAAUCUUUGGCUCCCCCACCUCCCUAUGGAGCAUAUGGAUUGUACCCUCCUUUGACCGAUUUUGGCAAUAAAUCUCAGUAACGGGA